AUGUCUUCUUCCGAAAGAAAUGAGGAACGAAACUUUAUAUUAGAAUGUAUUCAAGUUUAUCGUAAUCAUUCAGCAUUAUGGGAAAUCAAAUCUGAUGAUUACAUGGACAGAAAUAAGAAAAAUCACGCGUAUGAUGUUUUAUUAAAGAAAUAUCAAGAAUGUUUUCCGACAGCGACAUUAGAUGAUGUUAAAAAAAAAUUUAAUUCUUUACGCACAAAUUAUAGAAAAGAAUUAAAAAAAGUAAAUGAUUCGUAUAAAUCUGGAGCUGGUUUAGAAGACAUCUAUCAGUCACACUUGUGGUAUUUUAAUGAAAUGCAUUUUCUCCGGGACCAAGAAACACCAGCAAAAUCACGAAGCACUUUACAAAUCCGUCUACCACCAAAAGUCGCAAAUACAAGCAAUGUUGAUGAUCUAGGAGAGGUAUGA